GUCUCACACAUGUCUCCACUUCAGUUAUUGUGCUGCCUUCAAAUGCCUCUCAGGAACUUCUAAAAAUGUACAGUUUUAAAUGCUUUUCUGCAGGAUGACACAGAAGCUUUAUUUUGCUGCAGUGGAAGAAUGGGGGAUUCAUGCAUUUAUUAAUUGAUACACAUCCAUCACACUGCAUGGCAGGUAGAGAAAAUAUACGAUGCACUGGGGUUUAUGGGUGUUUAAGGUUCAUCAAAGAGUCCACACUGAAUACAUCUUUUCUUCAUUUUACAUACAGAUUGUACAUUUUAUUGUGGAUAAACAGAGUCUACCUGUUGCAACAAGGAAGGGUUCUGCCCCCUUCAUAACGUCACAUGUUGCAUUCAGGUCAUGCGGGAUUAAGUGAGCGACAAUCCUAAACAUACACCAGUUUGUAUUACUUUAUUUUAUUGGGUCUUGUCAUGUUAAGUUAAGCAUAGCAACACUAGAGUGGUUCAUUUGGUAAAAAGUAAAACACUGAUUUGUUUUUUUUUUUUUUUUUGCUCGUGUGUGGAAAGUACGGUCAGUUUGAGAAUCACACAUCUUGUCACUGAAACGCGUGUUAACUUUGUGAAAGUUGAAGUUACUAACACUUUAAUGCUUGAACAUAUAGCUACUGUUUUUGCCGUAUUACAAGAAUACAAGUUUCUUUUCUUUUUAGCCUACUUUACAAUUAAUGGUAGGCUAUAUUUGACUGUGACAUUACUGUUGAUUUGUCUUUGCAAAAGAAGAAAUAAUCAUAUAAUCAGCAUAGUUACCACUUUUGUCUCUUGGUUUACAUGAACAACAAAAAAAAAUACCUUCUAAAUAAGUUCAUACAUUGUUCGAGUUAUAGUGGUUGCUAUCAAUAAAUCCCCCUAUUCAGUUAAUAAUGAUAAGAUAAUAGUAGUAUAAUAACCGACCAAUAUGACGAAUGCAUUUGAUUCUCAACAAGCUGUCUCAAGUUGAAAUUGCGAUAUUUCCGAUACCCUUUGAAGGCAGCACCGUAUAGCACUGCCUACCAGGAAGACAAACAGCAGGGGAGACAAGCCUGGAUGUUGCAAUCCUUUCUCAACAGCAGUCUGGUCAAUCCAUGGGAUUCCCCGUUUUGAGUCAUCUGUGUACAGAAUGGACAGCCAGGAGGUGGGAGGUUUACUGGAGGAAUGUCUCCAGGCAGCUCAACAGUCCACCCAGCCCUCUGAGGCAGAGAGGCUGAACUACUGUAGCUGCAGAGACAUGCUUUGUGCAGAACUGGCCUCUCUCCUGCAGGAGGCUAUGGACAUGAAGUGGCCCUUUGUGCCAGAGAAGUGGCAGUAUAAGCAGUCAGUCAGUGCCAGUGACAAGACCAACCUCAAUGACCUCGUCAGCAAGAAUCUAUCACAACUCCUGGCUGUUCUAAAGGCAUCCAUCGUGGCUCAGGAGGCACGCACAGCACUGGCAGUUGUCUUCUUAGUCGACCGCUUCCUCUAUUGGACCGACGAGUCCAGCCGGCUCCUGAAGAUCACCAAGCUGCUCCACAGACGCCACCGUGACACCCCCGUGGCCCCCCAGCUGGUCAUAAGACAAGCCAGAGUCUACUUUAACUCAGGCAAACUACAGAAGGCAGAAUACAUACUGAGCAGUCUCAUUAACAGUAGCGGGGCCACAGGUUAUUGGGUGUACCACUCUGAAAGUGACAGGGCUCUUGUGCAGGCUGUUAGUGUUCAAGUGCGUGGAAUGAUUUUGCAAAAGCUAGGGCUGUGGCUGGAGGCUGCAGAGUUAAUCUGGGCUUCACUGGUUGGUUACUACUCACUUCCUCAACCUGAUAAAAAGGGCAUUGGAACCUCUCUUGGCAUACUGGCUAACAUAUUGGUGUCUAUGAAUGAUGAGGACUUCCACGCUUUUAGUAAUAAUCCAGAUAUUGAUUUGUCUUUACUUGGGGACAGCGGCCAUCGUCUUCUUUCAGCAGCCCAGGCAGCUAAGAUGGCUGUGGUUUAUAGCCAGUACACUUCACUCUAUGUGUUGACCAAUGUGGCAACUCAAGGGAUCUCCUUGUUAUCGUAUAGUUUCUCAGUGGAGUGCCCUGCCUCACAAAGGCAGUCUUUCCUCCUGCAGGCUAGAGAGGCAUUUACAAUCGGCCUGCUCACCAAAGCAGAGGGCCAGUUGGUCACCAGCAAGCAGGAGCUUCACACCUUCCUCAAGGCAGCCUAUUCCCUCACUGUCACUCACAAAUGGCUUGGCACGCCUCAGGAGGUUGUGGCACAGGCAACCCAAGCUUGCCAAAAAGCGUUGGCAAAUUUCUAUUAUUACGAUUCAGACACCCAAGACAAAGACAGUCUCUGUGCUGAAAUCAUGAAUCUGGUCAGCCAAGUCAAGCUUCUGUUGCGAGUGGAGCCUUUCCUUAAUUCAGACAAGGGUUCUUUUAUCCCUGACAGUUACAGAAACAUCAAGGACACAUCAGUAAAUUUCACUCUGGAAGGUUUCACUAAGGUUAUGCAGAGAUUCCAAAAGUAUCAUGCAUCACUGUGUGAGACAGGUAACAUAAACUGCAAGGGGACAGAAGACGAUAUAGAUACGGCAAUGCUUUGUAUAACUGCACUGGGGACAACCAUUGGUACACUCAACACAGAAUGUAGCACUGAGGCCUGCAGAGUGUCAAAAGAUGCACCUAAAGGAGACAAGCCAGAACAGACAGGUUCAAAUUCAUCUGCUGCCCACCCGCCUCAAGAAAAUGACCUAUGUACCACUUUAGGAAGCACAGAUAACCUUGGCUCUUCAUGGCAGAACUUCUCCUUGAGUAGUUCAGGGUCUCCUAGGCCCAGCAGCAGCGGCUACACUGGAGGUAUUGCAGUUGAACGUGAGGCACACGCAAGCAACCAGAGCUGUGUGACCACUGAGGUUGAUGAUGAUAGGUCAGACAGCAUGCUACAAUCCGCUACAAACAGGAAGCGAGACUUACAGGGUUGUACCUCUGGUGUCAGUUCCCAUACAGCCCAGAGAUCCACAAUACCUUCCACUUCCUCCUCCAAUGCAAGUAGUGAUUCAGAGAAGUUUGAAGUGAUACAAGCUGCAACAGAGACACUGGGCACUGAGGAGGACUGGAUACCUGAUAUCAGUGUGCCACUGAAACCAUCAGUAGCUGAGGGGGCAGUACAAUCCUUAUCCCAACUUAAUUUCAGAACAUCCUCCAGCUCCCUCAGUGACAGUUUCAGUUCCCAGUCAUCAUGGGAAAAAAUCUCAGCUGACCUGAACUCCCCCACAAACAGAAAACCUCUGGCAAAUUGCCUGUCAGAAGCAGGAACCAGCCAAAGCAGCAAGUCAGCAGGGUCCGAUGGAAGCUUCUUCCUCUUGGAAACACUUGAUUCGGAAACCAGUGAUUCAGCUCAUGAUCCCACACACAAAAACCACACAUCUGGAUGGGAAAGUGGAGCCUCGUCCAUACCACGACCUCUGCAGAGCCUUAACGUUGGCCCAAAAAUGGACACUGAAGCUGAUACCGAGAACUCCUUAGCAACCCCACACCCAAACCUCUCCCAGUUUAUCCCAGAACAGUGUGUUUCCACUGAAACCUCCACAGAGAGUUCAUUUGAGAUGCUGGAGGAGAACCAAAGUGGACACCAAGGUAGUAAAGUCACUUCUACAGAGAAAGUGAAUGUCCCUCAAACGAAGAACCCCUUAUGCUACAGCUGCCUAAAGCACAACCCUGUAGCCGGUGUUGUCCCUGAGAGGCAGUUUAUGUUGUCACAGCAGGAUUACCAAGCUCUAUUGUCUGGAGUUUGCCAUGAAUGUCUGCUGAAGAGAUUGCACAGUGACAAGACGCAAUUCAAACUCAAGGAGCACAGGACCGCGUACAGUGCGCUUCAUUUAAAGUUCUCCAAAGCCACAGGACUGUGGACAGCCAGGGAGACCUGCGUUUACAUUGGGGAGCCGAUGGGAAUGCAGGGAAAGCAGAGAACUGCAAUAUGGGUACAGUUUUUACAUCAGGAGGAGAGGUUAAGCAGUUAUGUGGGGAAAGAUUACCUGAAGCCAAAGGAAAUCCAGUUUCACUUGAAAGAUGUGGAGAGACAGAUGACAGCCCAGUACUACGUGACUAAAUUCAAUAAGAGCCUUUACGACAAGGAGGUGAUGGCUCAGAUCUUCUUCAUUCCCUCGGAAGCACUGUUGAUUUUGGAUGGGAAUGAGAUUGUGGGCUGUGUGACAGUGGAGCCCUACAUGCUCGGAGACUUCGUCAAACUGACCAACAACACUGGAAAGAAGGACAUGAGUUUACAGGCUACAGAAUAUGGUCUUGCCUUUGGACACUUUACUUACCUGUUCUCUGACUGUCAUGAAGUUGUUGUUGACCUACAAGGCUGGGUGACAGCCAAUGGCAAAGGGCUGACCUACCUCACUGACCCCCAGAUUCACUCCACCAAGACCCCCAGAGGCCCCUCCAACUUUGCUGCCAGAGGCCUCCGGUACUUUCUGGAGGAGCAACAUGGACCAGAGUGCAACGCCAUUUGCCAGCUGCUCAAACUACCUCCAGUUGUCGGACAGACACAUGCUGUGCCUCAGAAACUUUGAGAAGAUCCCAAUUUUGAGUGUUUGUAUUUCAAAUUGAGUGAAAAGUGUAUAUAUUUUUAGCAAUCUGAUUUACCAAAAUACUCCCACUUACACUUCCAACCAAUCUUUUUCAGUCUUUUUCAUAUGUUUUUUACAACUGAUAUAAAAGUGUUUUUUCUUUCUCCAGCUAAUUCUGGUAACCUUAGACACACUGCAUCAGGGCUACAUAAGGCAGGUUCCUCUUAUGUAAACAUGUCAGUAACAUUCUUGUUUAUUAAUCAUGAGGGUAAAAACCUUUUUAAAUAUGCAAAGUGUAGGAGUUUUUGUUAACUGGGUCAACUUUUGGAUAUGCUGACUGUAAGAAAAUAUAAAAUCAACAUACAAUACAUUACAAUACAUUUGAACUACAUUGUAUCUGUGAUGCUAAAUAUUUACACCAUAAACUUGAGUGUAACUUAAAUUCUGUCUUUCUCCGCAAAGGUAACACUCAGACUCACUUCAGAUGCCUGGAUGAGCUUAAUGAUAAACCAGUUUUAUAGGAUGUUUAAAAAUAGGAAAGAAAUUUCAUUUGAGUUUCCUGCUGCAAUAUAUAUAUAUAAUAAAAUACUGGUGCGUCAUUUUGUUUUGAAAUAAAGUGUUUGAGAUCUA